UACUCUUUUCCAUAGAUGCUGCCUAAUCUGCUGAGUUCCAGCAUUCUGUGUGUGUUGCUUUGGAUUUCUAGUAUCUGCAGUGGGAGUUAUUUUGGACAUUAUAUCCUUAACGUUUCUUCAGAAAACUUGUUUAAUCUUAAGUUUGCUGCAAAGGAACUUUCCAGAAAUGCCAAAAAGUGUGAUAAAGAAGAAAAAGCAGAAAAAGCCAAAAUCAAAAAGGCAAUUCAAAAAGGUAAUACAGAAGUAGCAAGAAUACAUGCAGAAAAUGCAAUCCGACAAAAGAAUCAGUCCAUCAACUUCCUGCGAAUGAGUGCGAGAGUGGAUGCAGUGGCUGCACGAGUUCAGAGUGCAGUUACAAUGGGCAAGGUAACCAAAUCGAUGGCAGGAGUUGUCAAAUCCAUGGAUAUCACCUUAAAAAGUAUGAACCUGGAAAAGAUUUCUGCCCUAAUGGAUAAAUUUGAACAUCAGUUUGAAACGUUAGAUGUACAGACCCAGCAGAUGGAGGACACUAUGAGCAGUACCACAACUCUAACUACACCACAGCAUCAAGUGGAUUCGUUGCUGCAGGAAAUGGCUGACGAAGCUGGUCUUGAUUUGAAUCUGCAACUUCCUGAAGGUCAAAUGGGAUCAGUUAGCAGCAGUGUGGCUUCUGCUGAACAGGAUGAUCUUUCCCAAAGACUUUCAAGACUUCGAGAUCAAGUGUAAAGAUGAGAAAACAUUCAGCCUUAAUACUUUGGGAAUUAUGUAUAAUCUUCAGUUGCGGAGGGGGCAAAGUGUGGUUAUAACAUAUUGAUAUUCUUUUGUAGUUGAGUCACUAGUAUGCUGUCACCAGGAUAGGCCAUGUUGAGAUGUAAACCUGAGAUAUGGUUAAUGCAUUUGGUAAUCACACAGCCUCCUUCCUUUCUCUUACAACUUAGUAUAAACUGGGAAUCUUGUUUAUGUGAGGGGUGGGGAAAGUUCAGGUGACUUUUGUAUUCAGAUGAAGUCUACAAUAUUUGUGAUGAGACAGUUUCCUCUCUUAAAACAUAGUGCAAUUUUGCUAUCAACCAUUGUAUCUUAAUUGUUCAGGAUGCAUCACUGAAAAAAUGAUGUUUGGAUUAAAAGAUGAUUGAAAGUAUUUUUGAAAUAUGGUAUCGUAUUUUCACCACACUUCUGCACAAAGCUUUAUUGUAAUUUGGUUUUACUUUCUGUUGUGUAUUGCUGGGACUCUAAUAGUUAGAAUAUUCCCCAAGUGUUAUAAAAUUUAAUCUAUUUAAGAAGUUUGAAAAAGCUUUGAAGACAUUUAACCUCACUAGGGGGGGGGGGGGUAUAAAUUAAGCUCUAUUGUACUAAAUCUUUUGAUGAUUGCACACUGAUUGCAGGGAUAUUGUGUCUGUAUGAGGUUUACAUGUUAAUAUGAUUCUUUUAAAAUUUUUGCAUUUCUUCCGCUGUACUUGACCUUACAAUUAAAGGUUCUUUAAAAUAAAA